AUGGUGGCUAUGGAAUAUCGACAGCACGAGAUCUUGCAAUCGCUCCUCUGCGAUCCACAUACCAACGUGAACAUCGCAGAUAAGAGUGGGCAUACUCUUCUCCACCUUGCUGUGAUUUACGACGAUGUGAGGGCGGUCGAAAUUUUGCUGAAGCACAAAAAUGUCAACAUCAAUGCUCGAGACAGCAACGGCGAUACUGCACUUCUACUGGCUGCCAAGAUCCACAGCUGUGAUCAGCCCAAUAGCAACCGGAUACUUGAUUCACUGUUGUCGCACAAAGACAUUCGAGCCGAAUCGCUUGAUUAUUCCGGUCGUUCGGCCCUCUGGCACGCAGUGAACACCUGCAACUGGCAGUUGCUUUGCCUUCUCGCAAAAUUUCCGCGGGUUCAGACCAACGUCCCUGACCAUCAAGGUGUCAGCCCGUUAGCCCGGGCCGUGAUCCGCAGACGGCUUGACAUUUUCAAUUGGCUUCUUGCUACCUUGCCGCGAGACAUUGCCUAG